UUGGCUGCACAUCCGGUUCGCCUGUCAAAUAGCAGUGAGCGAGCCGCACACCCCUACAAUAAUGUGGCACAUUGAAAGACAGGCAGGCAGUCAGACAGUAGGUACAUGUUCUUGCUCACGAUAGAACGGGAGUUAUUUGAUUGCUCUGCUCGAAUAGGAAUUUAAACUCUCUCUAUCAACUGAUUUAAGGAGACGUUUUGACGUUUGUCGUUGCUUAAGCAUUCAUUUCUGAAAGAAAAUGGCGGAUGUAGAGACUGGUGGUGCUGCGCCGGAGAAGAGCCUGGAUGAUUUCUUUGCCAAGAGGGAUAAAAAAAAGAAGAAAGAAAAGGGAGGCAAGGGAAAGGAAGCCCCAUCUGGGCCCACACCAAUUGUAUUGAAAAAGAACAAGAAGGAAAAGGAGAAGUCCGGCACGAAAAAUGAAAAUCAAGAUGCGCAGCCGGAGAAGGAGGAUGAGGAGUGGAAGGAGUUUGAGGCAAAGGAGGUGGACUACAGUGGACUCAGACUGCAGGCUCUGCAGAUAAGUGAUGAGAAGGAGGAAGAGGAGUAUGAGGAGGAGGUCGGUGAGGAUGGAGAGAUCAUCCUGGUCAGUGGAGACAAAAUGUCUGGACCCUGGAACAAAUCUGGUGCCCCGCCCCCAGCCGCUGCCCCUGUUGAGGUGGAAGAGGUGCCUGAGUCCAAGCCUUCUGGGGUGUACCGCCCCCCAGGGGCCCGACUGACUACCACAAAGCGUGGCCCCAACCAGGGGCCCCCUGAGAUCUUCAGCGACACACAGUUCCCCUCACUCAUGGCCGGCUCCAAACAUGUGGAGACACGCAGGGACAGAGAGAUGGAGAAGACCUUUGAGGUUGUGAAGCACAAAAACCGUGGCCGAGAGGAGGGUGGCAGUGGCGCUUCCCUGCAGCAGUUGGAGCUUGGUAACCAGUAUGCCAUCCUGGGGGACAAGUAGUGGACAGCCAACGUGGUCUUACCCAGCUGCCAGAGGGAGCUGAGCUACAGCAUUGUACCUAACUACAGCACAGUCCUGACAACAAACACUGGUGUUGCUGCCACCACCAUACUGGACCUUCUCUCCUUCUCACAUACCACAGUACAAUACAUACAGUAUACAUACAAACACCUCACACAGUCAACCAUAUACACUAACACACACACUCCCACAAUGUCAAUACAUUCAUGUGUAUAUAUACAGUACAUACACAAAGCACCUGGUUGGCAAAACUGAAAGACUACAUCCAAAAGAGCUGUGGCAACGGGGAUCAACUGAAACAAAUAUCAAAUCUAUAUGAUACACCCAUAUGAAUGACACUGCAGCAACAACAGCAAAGGCAACUUUAGGUUGUCUUUUGUGGAUUGUAUUCAGAGCAGCAGUGGUAUGGUACAACUUCUCUCUGGACUUCAACUUUCUUUGAUAAAGCCACAGAGGAUCAAAGAAGACACAAUUGGGCAAGAUGAAUUUAUGGACUGUUGAGAAUGGAUAUAUUUUUUUUGCGAGAUCGUUAUAACCCAAACUGCACAUGGUUUGUAAUUGUUGGGGUGCAUUAUGGUUUGGGCACACGAGCGGAGACUAUCUCGGUUGCAUGGCUGUGGUGACCAUGUUGAGCGGGGACUUUGCUCUUAUUGGUGGUGAGUGGGGCAAACGCCAGCCCUGCAGAGGAGAGAACCACCAGGCUCUUCCACUUAGAAACUUUGUUUUCCUCAAAGGGACACCUACAAAGAUCUGUGGACACGGGAGAGAAGUUAUGGUCCUCAUUCAGAAUGACUAUUUAAAAGUGGCCUUAGUGUAAAGAGAGAAACUGCCUCGUCCUCUGGAGAGAAACUUACUGGUUGUCUCACGCGCUGUUGCUUGCCUCCUGGAUCGCACCAACCUCCCAAAUUCAAUAAUGUAGUGCUGAGUUUGUUUGUCAGAUUACACCAACUGUCCUUCAUAUCCACUGUUUGACUUGCUCGCCCUUUUUUUUUAUUUGAUUAUUAACAUCGGCAAACCAUUAUUUAAGCUCUUUUCUAAUCUGAAGUCAUUACUUUACUUCUUUUUUUAAGCAUUCUGAGGAUUCGGUCCUGAGUUUUUGUUUUACGUGGUAGGGCUGUUUCUUCACCAUAGUUUUUAUGUACUUACACCAUUGUGUAUAGGUGGGACAUUGUCAUUGUUACAGGUGCAAAGACAUUAGCUACAGCGUCCCAAAAAUGACCCUUCUGUACUCAAUGCCUGUAAUUGACCGCAGUAAGUAUGGCCUGUCAUACUGUGGUCCAUUUUUUUAUUACUUGGUUCAUUUGGAAAGAGUUCAGAUCCUUUGACUUUAUCUACAUUUUGCUACGUUACAGCCUUAUUCUAAAAUGGAUUAAAUAUUCUCAGUCUAUACACAAUACCCCAUAAUGACAAAGUGAAAACAUGUUUUUAGAAAUUUUAGCAAAUUUAUAAACAUGUACAUAAGUAUUCAGACACUUUGCUAUGAGACUCGAAAUUGAGUUUAGGUGUAAACUGUUUCCAUUGAUCAUCCUUGAUGUUUCUACAACUUGAUUGGAGUCCACCUGUGGUAAAUUCAAUUGAUUGGACAUGAUUUGGAAAGGCACACACCUUUCUUUAUAAUGUCCCACAGUUGUCGGAGUAAAAGCCAAGUCAUGAGGUUGAAGGAAUUGUCCGUAGAGCUCUGAGACAGGAUUGUGUCGAAGGUACAGAUCGGGGAAGGGUACCAAAACAUUUCUGCAUCAGAACACAGUGGACUCCAUCAUUCUUAAAUGGAAGAAGUUUGGAACCACCAAGACUCUUCCUAGAGCUGGCCGCCCAGCCAAACUGAACAAUCGGGGGAGAAGGUCAGGGUGGUGACCAAGAUACCCAAUGGUCACUGAUAGAGCUUCAGAGUUCCAAGAUUGUAGCGUCAUACCCAAGAAGACUCAAGGCUGUAAUCUCUGCCAAAGGUGCUUCAACAAAGUACUGAGUAAAGGGUCUGAAUACUUAUGUAAAUGUGAGUUUUUAUUUUUUCAAAAAUAUCAUCUGUUUUUGCUUUGUCAUAUGUAGAUUUAUGGGGGAUAAACGAUUUAAUCCAUUGUAGAAUAAGGCUGUAAUGUAACAAAAUGUUGGAAAAGUCAAGGAGUCUGAAUAUCUACUGAAUGCACUGCAUCUGUUUGCAUUCUCUUAUGCUCAUUGCAUUGCUUCAGUCCAAGGCAUUGAAGUUUGCCUUUUUCUGCAGCAUGGAACUCACCCAUUUUCCUCCCUCCUCCCCAUAGAGAUAGAUGCCCUCAAAGGUUGUUCCAAAGAUUUGAAGAAUAUUAUUUCAGCACUUAUUGAAAUGUUUGUAGAGCAGAUCUAUGACAUGUAAUCGUGGUCCUGGAGAACUUCAGUCAGUGGCUGCGGUCUGACUUUUUAUUUUUGGGCUCCAAAUCACAUGAUCUGUUUCCUCUAAAGAAACAAUGAGGUUAUCUCAAAGGUCAGGUGGUUUAGAUGAGAAUAAGAAUGUUUGCAUUUCCUUAGGUUUAACAGAGGGUUAGAACUAAAAAAGAGCUGGAGUUGUGUUCAUUUCUGUCAAAGCCAAUCGAAAGGAGAUGUGGAGGGCACUGUAACACAUUAUGCAGCCUGUGGUCCUCUGCCAAAACAUUGUGGGUGAAGUAGUGAAAAUGUCUGAGGACUUAAUCAAAGAACAGUUUAACAAAAAAUAAACAGUGAUCCUUGUGAAGGGUGUCCUGUGAGUUCUUAACCUGAAAGUAGCUGUUUUACAGGUAAGCUAGAUGUUCAAAUAAAAGGCCACACUGAGAAACCAGUCUGCAUAAGUAUUGGCAACUGGUAAGUACUGUGUUUCAGUAAGCACAAUAAUGCACAUGGUCUAAUAAAUUAUAUUUUAGAUCCACAUUUUGGGUUGAGCCUUAAAUGUUAUUACAAUUUAAAAUCGGAUGAAGUUCAAGCAACACUUUAUGCUCAGGAGUUUUUUUUUUUUUUUGACCAAUCUUUGGUGAAAUAGGUAGUGGACUGGGCACAUUUAUGACAUCUGUCAGAGACCACAUAUUUUAUUUUGUCCCAGCACUUCAUUGGCUUCCUUUCGUUGUCUCUGUCGCCACAACUUCAUGACUACUGACCACAAAGAACUAGUUAUAAAGAAGAGGCAACGAGAGGAAGCCACUUGGAAUUAGGAGUACCAGGACCUAGCCAAAAACUGCUACAGGUGCAAACGAUAUGCAAGUCUCUGGCUUUCAUCAGGUGCAAAUGCUUAUUAAAUAUUAGCUGACAUUACUCAACUCCACAUUAUCAACUGGGUGGUUUGGGCCAGAGACUUUACAUAUAUCAAAGCCGUGAUAUGCCACGGGUAUGACAAAACGCUUAUUUUUACUCUACUAAUUACUUUGGUAAACAGUUUAUAAUUAGUGAUAAGGCACCUCGGGGGUUUGUGGUAUAUGGCCAAUAUACCACACCCCCUUUUGGCCUUACUGCUUUAAAUAUACAAUGGAGUUGUGUGGGCAGACUGUACUUCCGACUACAUCGAAUCGCUGUCAGUAAAUAUUUGGAAAAAUGUCCAUUUCAUUAAUGCUUUCUUAUGUACAGUGCAUUCUGAAAGUAUUCAGACCUCUUGUUACUUUACUACCUUAUUCUAAAAUUGAUUAAAUAAAUCCUCAACAAUCUACACACAACCCCAUAAUCGCAAAAGCUAAAAUAGUUUUUUGGGACAUUUUUGCAAAUGUGUUAAAAACAAAAAUAUCUUAUUUUACUUAAGUAUUCAGACCUUUUGCUAUGAGACUUGAAAUUGAGCUCCGGUGCAUCCUGUUUCCAUUGAUCUACAACUUUCUACAACUUGUUUGGAGUCCACCUGUGGUAUAUUCAAUUGAUUGGACAUGAUUUGGAAAGGCACACACCUGUCUAUAGUGCAUGUCAGAGCAAAAACCAAGCCGUGAGGUUGAAGGAAUUGUCCGUAGAGCUCUGAGACAGUAUUUUGUUGAGGCACAGAUCUGGGGGAAGGGUACCAAAAAUGGUCUGCAGACUUGAAGGUCCCCAAGAACACAGUGGCCAUCAUUCUUAAAUGGAAGAAGUUUGGAACCACCAAGACUCUUCCUAGAGCUGGCUGCCCGGGCAAACUGAGCAAUCGGGGGAGAAGGGCCUUGGUCAGAGAGGUGACCAAGAACCCGAUGGUCACUCUGACAGAGCUCCAGAGUUCCUCUGUGGAGAUGGGAGAACCUUCCAGAAGGACAACCAUCUCUGCAGAACUCCACCAAUCAAGCAUUUCUGGUUGAGUGGCCAGACAGAAGCCACUCCUCAGUAAAAGGUACAUGACAGUCCACUUGGAGUUUGCCAAAAGGCACUGAAAGAUUCUCAGACCAUGAGAAACAAGAUUCUCUGGUCUGAUGAAACCAAGAUUGAACAGUUUGGCUUGAAUGCCAAGCAACACUUCUGGAGGAAUUCUGGCACCAUCCCUACAGUGAAGCAUUGUGGUGGCAGCAGUUGUUUUUCAGUGGCAGGGACUGGGAGACUAGUCAGGAUCGAGGGAAAGAUGAACUGAGCAAAGAAUAGAGAGAUCCUUGGUGAAAACCUGCUCCAGAGCGCUCAGGACCUCAGACUGGGACAAGGUGCACCUUCCAAAAGGACAACGACCAUAAGCACACAGCCAAGACAAUGUAGGUGUGUUUUCGGGACAAGUCUCUGAGUGUCCCAGCCAGAGCCCAGACUUGAACCCGAUCGAACAUCUCUGGAGAGACCUGAAAAUAGCUGUGCAGCGACGCUUGCCAUCCAACCUGACGGCGCUUGAGAAGAUCUGCAGAGAAGAAUGGGAGAAACUCUCCAAAUACAGCUGUGCUAAGCUUGUAGCAUCAUACUAAAGAAGACUCGAGGCCGUAAUCGCUGCCAAAGGUGCUUCAACAAAGUACUGAUUAAAGGGUCUGAAUAGUAAUGUAAAUGUGAUAUUACUUUUUUAAUGUUUAAAAAAAAUUUUUAAAAAAUUGCAAAACAUUCUAACAACCUGUUUUUGCUUUGUCGUCAUUAUGGGGUAUUAGGUGUAGAUCGACGAUGGGGGUGGGAAAACAAUUGAAUACUUUUUAGAAUAAAGCUGUAACAUUACAAAAUGUGAAAAAAGGCAAGGUGUCUGAAUACUUUCCGAAGGCACUGUAUGUUUGUCUUGUAAAAGCAAGAUUUUCUUUGGGUGCUGAAAUCUGUUGAUGUGCAUGCCUAAUUGGCCACACACUCAAAUGGACCUACAGCUUGGGUAAGAUUCCAUCAUUCACACACAGUAGAUAACAUGGUGGUUUACACCAUGUCUGUCAACAAAAUGCUAUCCUCAAUGCUUAUGUUGUAUUGUGUCUCACCCAAUUUGUGGAAAUGCAGUGAUCACCCAUCGUCUUUAAUGUUGUGAUUCACAGACACAUGAUGACCACGAUUUGAAUGCUGCAACUGAGGCAUAAUGAUGUCAAGGCAGGUCAAAUCAUGACAUCAGUGAUCUUCAGGUUACAAAGUCAAAACUCUACAAAGAUGAUUUUUCCCCGUCUGAGCUGGGGGAGGUUUGUUCCCAGUUGUCUUGAAUGCACAGAAGUCUGAGAUUUCCGAGUUCCAAGUUGUUUUGAACGCAGCAUGUGACUCCGAGUAAGACUGGACAUCGGUGGAGGCUGCUGAAGGGAGGACGGUUCAUAAUAAUGGCUGGUACUGGGCAUAUGGAAUGGCAUCAAAAACAUGGGAAAUGUGUGUCUGUAUUUGACUCCAUUCCACAGAUGCCGCUCCAGCCAUUAACUCAAGCCCGUCCUCCCCAAUUAAGGUGCCACCAACCUCAUGUGCUGGACAUGGGAAGGAUAUUUGUGACGACUUAAAAGGGAUGCAGAAGCACACCAGCACCCAAUGUUAUGUUUAUUCUUGGGCCAACCCUCUAGCUACCCCUUAUUCCACACUAUGUCCCCCCCUACCGUAACUCAUUUUCCCCGUGUUUCUUCCUUCACUUGUUCUUCUCCUGAUUUGACAACAUCUAGACUACUGUUGUUGCUUCCCUACCACUCUCCUGCUUAUGAUGGUGUUAAGACUGAAUGCAGUGGUAAAUGGCCUAGUAUUUUUAUAUUAAACCUACCUCACACAUCCAGUUUUUCCAAUUGUAACUCACCCACCAAAGAUCACAAUAUGAUGUUUUUACAUUUUGUGUUAUUUGUGCUGGUCUAAUUCCUAAAAAGUAAAAGCAUAGAAUCCUUGCGCUCUCGGAUAAUAAUAGUUCAUAUGGUGCUCCUCACGAGAUCCAGGUUGUAUCACAACCGGGAGUCCCAUAGGGCAGUGCACAAUUGACCCAGCGUUGGCCGGUGUAAGCCGUCACUGUAAAUAAGAAUUUGUUCUUCACUGAUUCAUCUAGUUAAAUAAAGGUGAAAUAAAAUAAUUCACUGGCACAGGUUUUUUAGCAUUGAUAAAUAAUUUAAUGUUUACUUCAAGUCAGAUACAAUACAGUGGGGCAAAAAAAGUAUUUAGUCAGCCACCAAUUGUGCAAGUUCUCCCACUUAAAAAGUUGAGAGGCCUGUAAUUUUCAUCAUAGGUACACUUCAGCUAUGACAGACAAAAUGAGAGAAAAAAUCCAGAAAAUCACAUUGUAGGAUUUUUAAUGAAUUUAUUUGCAAAUUAUGGUGGAAAAUACGUAUUUGGUCACCUACAAACAAGCAAGAUAUCUGGCUCUCACAGACCUGUAACCUCUUCUUUAAGAGGCUCCUCUGUCCUCCACUCGUUACCUGUAUUAAUGGCACCUGUUUGAACUUGUUAUCAGUAUAAAAGACAAUUUUUUGGUAAAUUGUCCUUUCUCACCAGUAGCAACGUAGAACAAGCGUGUUAGCUGCCCCACCAAUUGGCAUUACUAGGCUUCCAUUUGCUGUAUUUGGCGAGAUGGGGUAAGGGGUUGGGAUGUGUUUAUAAUCUUUUUUUAAAUAUAUAUUUAUAUUUGCAUUGGAAAAUGUGGUGUUUUUGCUCCAUUCUUUUUAAUUGAGCUUUUCAUUACUAUUUUUCUUCAGGUCGAGUGCAUGAAGUGCGAGGAGAGCUCUGCCAGUAUGAGCCGGAAGCAGUCUCAUUGGUCAGGUACAUGCUCUGGCCUUGCACACCCACCAUCCUCAGACUGCAGUCUGCUCACUCAUUACUUAAGCGGAUAACCAGCCUGCAGCUUGAGAGUGGUGUUUCACUGAGGGCCAUAUGCCUGUCAUUAAAUGUUCCUCAUAGGACAGUAAGUAAUCAAUUAUAUAAUCUGAUUAAAUACUAUGUCUAUACUAUGUCUACUUUGUCUGCAAAAGUUCAUAACCAAAUUCCUGUUUUGAUUAACAGAUCUGUCAUAGAAACCAUGUGCUACUUGUAUGUGAAGAUACAUUUGCUGAAUGUGCUGAUGUCCUACUCUGAUGGAAUGUAGUAAUGAAUCAGUGCCUCGGUUAGGGUCUAUUUUUCUCCACUUCCUGUCUGACUGAUGUGCCUGAAGUAAACUGCCUGUUACUCAGGCACAGAUUGGUAAUUGGUACCAUUGGAUAGAAAACACUUUGAAGUUUGUAGAAAUGUUAAAAUAAUGUAUGAGACUAUAACACAAUUGAUAUGGUAGGAGAAAAUACAAAGGAAAACCAACCGGAACAUUUUUUCUUGAUGCUCUUUCAAUGGAAAGCUAUGUGUCCUAUGCAAUUCCAGUUUCCAGAUAGCAAUUCCUAUGGCUUCCACUAGAUGUCAACAGUCUUUGUUCAAGGUUUCAGGCUUGUUUCUUCCCAAAUGAGGAAUAAUUUAGAGUUUUGGUACAGGGAGUCAGAAAUCAGUCUGUUGGCAUUACUUCUAUAUUGAACAUACUUCUUUCCAUAUGAAAUAUUAUAGUUAAAUUAUAUUUUAGUUUACCUGAGGAUUAAAUAGAUACAUAUUUGGACUUGUUUUAACAAAGUUUAGUAGUAGCUUUUUGGAUUCCUUUCUCUGCGUGUUGAACGAGUGGAUUACUCAAAUCGAUGGAGCCAGCUAAACUGACUUUUUUGGAUAUAAAGACGGAUUUUAUCUAACAAAACUUCCAUGCAUGUUGUAGCUGGGACCCUUGGAAUUGCAAAUCAGAAGAAGAUUUUCAAAAAGUAAGAGAAUGUUUAAUUGCUAUUUGUGAUUUUAUGAAGCCUGUGCUGGUUGAAAAAUAUUUUGAUGUGGAGUGCCACCCCCAAGCAAUUGCAUGGCAUGCUUUCGCUGUAAAGUCUAUUGUAAAUCAGACAAUGUAGUUAGAUUAACAAGAAUGUAAGCUUUUAACCAAUGAAAGACACUUGUAUGUACCUGUAUGUAUACACUUGUAUGUUUAAUAUCCAUCAGUUUUAUGAUUAUUUGAAUUGCGCGCCCUCCAAUUUCACCGGGAGUGGUCGACAGGUGUCCCGCUGAUGGGAAGCCUAGCCCUAAGAAUUAAGUUAAUUCAUUUCAGGGAAGAGAUACUGCCCUGACAAAUGAGGCUUAUGAGGAGUUCUGACACGCUGUGUCAACUUGAUAUGUUGCGCCGUCUGGCCCCAGAAGCUGCCAAUGGAACCAAGUGCCCACUCUGUCCCAAUGUUUGUAGCAUUUUUUUGGCCUAUUAAAUGUUUUAUCACCCCCAAAAAACACGUUGAAACAUAAGAUAUAAAUUGUAAUGUUUCCCUCUUUUAUAAACACAAAUGAUCUAUUAGAAACAUCUGUUCCAUUUUUGUCAAAAAAUUGUACAGACAGCAGCAUACCACCCUGCAUCCCACUGCUGGCUUGCUUCUGAAGCUAAUUCGGGUUUGUCCUGGCCGGUCUCUAGAUUGGAGACCAGAUGCUGCUGGAGGUGGUGUUGGAGACACUCUUUCCUCUGGUUUAAAAAAAUGUCCCAAUGCUGCAGGGUAGUGAUUGGGGACAUUGCCCUGUGUAGGGUGCUGUCUUUCAGCUGGGAUGUUAAAUGGGUGUCCUGACUCUCUGUGGUCACUAAAGAUUCCAUGGAACUUAAUGUAAGAUUAGGGGUGUUAACCCUGAUGUCCUGGCAAAAUUCCCAAUCUGGCCCUCAUACCAUCAUGAUCACCUAAUCAUCCCCAAUUUACAAUUGGCUCAUUCAUCUCCCCUGUAACUAUUCCCCAGUCCUGGCAAAAUUCCCAAUCUGGCCCUCAUACCAUCAUGAUCACCUAAUCAUCCCCAACUUACAAUUGGCUCAUUCAUCUCCCCUGUAACUAUUCCCCAGGUUGUUGCUGUAAAUGAGAAUGUGUUCUCAAUCAACUUACCUGGUUAAAUGAAAAGUAAUAGACUUCUAGUCUUUAAUUGUAUAUGUUUAUUGGGAUCCCCAUGAUCUGUUACAAAGCAGCAGCGACUCUUCCUAGGGUCCAACAACUAUAAAGUUGUAUCCAAUUAUAAUUGACAUCUCUUUACAGGACAAUGUAACAGUGGUGGUAGCAGUGAAUGGCAUUUUUGGCAUUUUUUGGUUUGACAAGUAGUCUGGAUCAAGUUAUGAGCCACCAAAACAUGGGGAAAAGUACUUUGCAAACUGAGCUGAGGUGGAUCGAUUUGUUUGUAAGCCCAUAUCACAAAGUGGGGUAAUGCCUGAAUGUAAUAUGCACUGCAUUUCAAGGAUACCUUCCAUUGUUACCUUAUGCACAACUGGAAGGGAAUGUGAACAAGAUCUAGAAUGAUUUGAAAUCAUGAUAUCAAACCUGGCAACUAAUUGAUAUUUAAAUGAUGCCGUUGUCCCUCCACUUCAUCUGUUUGACUCAGUGGUCUUAUGGUUGGAGACAGUAUGUUUGUAUUGUGUAUGUUGAAUGUAAUAUUAACCUGAUACCACUGUGUGAUCUGCUUCAGGCAACAGCUCAGUACGUUAUACCUGUACUGUACUAUAUAUACUAUAUAUAUAUAUUUUUAAGGUUGCAAUGGAUUUCAAGCGGGCAACGCCAUCAAGUCCAAACCCAAAACAACGAAAUUGGACAAGACAGGGGGUUUGGGUUGGGGGUUUCCUGCAAGCAUGAGCACCCGCUUCACUUCUUGAACAUGAAAAAGGGUGAAAGUUUGUCAAAUGCAGUGUACCUGCUGCGAGUGAUGGAGGGGAUGAGAGGCAAGAACAUCAAUCUCUUCUUCAUGUAUGACAUUGCAUGCAAGAUGCAGCCACAUGUGCAAAAACUUUCCUGAAUUGAUGCAUGAGACCAAAUUCGUUGUGCCAGUUUUCCAUGCUUAUGGACAUGACUUGCCAUGUCAGAUGAAAUCCAACAGCCGAUAUGUUGAAGGUGCUGGACUGGCAGAUGGAGAGGCUGUGGUCGUAUCUGAGGUGCUUUUGGGAAGGUCACCAAAGAAAUGACGCUGUCCCGUCAUAUUGACCUCAUGACUGAUGCACUUCUCCAACGUGGGAAAAAGAUACGCCAGAGACACUUGGAAUUGUUUUUAAUUUACUUGAUGCUGGUUGACUCUGGUGAUGUUACUAACAUUUCCUGUUUUUUUGUUGUAGUGGACUCUCUGCCACAGAGGUUUGCAACAGAAGUUGCAACAGAGGCAGAAAGGGAAAUGGCAGAAAUGGCCUCUUCCAGGCCACAGCAGGAAAGUGGAGAUGAAACAGCUGUUUGUCAGCUUGUGCAGAUCGAGAGAACUGAAGACGAUGGAGAGGAAGAACAGCAUCCUCCAUAGAUGGUCCCCUUCCAGCAGUCGCUUCCAGACUGCAAUCCAGACGGCAGAGUAACAGAUUGAGAACAUUCAGUCUGGUGAUGGAACGGAGGUUCCUCUGUGGCCUGAUGAGAAAAUAUGCAGAUGGUCAAGGUAUUGCCAACCGCCUGUCCAAAAGGCUUGCCACGGUCGUUAGUAGCACCAAACAAAUGUGAAGGACUACAACCUGAGGUUUGUCCUCACAGAUUCCACAGGCCCUCGUGUAUGAGGAUGCAGUGCAGGUGGACAGCACUGUUUGGUCCUGGAGAGCAGGAGGAGCAGAGGAUGAUGAGGAGUUUCCCCUCAAGCAAAGGCUCUUUGUGCUCCAUCCCCUCGGGCGUAGGAAGAGAAGCGGUACAAUGAGGAUGAUGUCUUCACUGCCAAGAUGUUCUACACACAUGAACAGAAACUGAUUGUGGAGGCCAGAGCAAGAUCGAUUUUGCUUGGGGCAAGAGCUGUCCUUGCUGGAAAUCUUGAUGAGCUCCAGCAGGCAGAAGGACAAUGUGAAUCGUUCAGAGGGGCUUUUAUUGAGGGCAGUGGCAGAAACUUUGAAGUGGAGGACAUCGAGGAAGUGGAUGAGGAUGAUGAUGACGAUGACGGUGACGGUGACAGUAAUGGUGAUAUUGAUUGAGUAAUAGAUUGAGGCUGAGGGUUGCGGUGUCCAUUAUGUUUUAAUUUAUGUCAUUGUGUUCGGCAAGUAGCCUAGUGGUUAAAGCAAUGGACUUGUAACUGAAAGGUUGCAAGAUUGCAUUCCCGAGGUGACAAGGUAAAAAUCUGUCAUUCUGCCCCUGAACAAGGCAGUUAACCCACUGUUCCUAGGCCGUCAUUGAAAAUAAGAAUUUUUUUCUUAACUGACUUGCCGAGUUAAGUAAAAUAAAAAUAAAUUCCUGCCCUUUGUUUA